AAUGAGCUUAUAAACUAGAUCAAUGGAGAGAACAUCAGCAGGUGAAAAAUAACAAACUUGGCAACAAUAUAGGAUAUUUAUUGAAGAAAUGAAUUCAUUAAUUGGAUCAGCAUUAGUAGAAGAAUUUAGAAAUGAUAAUGAAAAUGAUUUUAAUCCAAAUAUAAUAGUAGGAAAUGGGGAAAGUCUACCUAGAGGAGCAACAAAGUUAAUUAAUGCUGAAGAUUCUAGCUAAUUAGGAUAAGUACUAUUGGAUUGUGAUAUUGUUAUCUUUCAUCAAAAUUAUUGCAGGGCAGAAUAUGCUUACAAACUGUUAAAGCAUGGGUAAUAUCAGCAGACUAAAACUUUUAUUUUAAUAAGUAAUCCAAUGACUUGGUCGACUACACCAUUAAAAGAUAGAAAAAAUGAUGAAACUGCUAUGAGACAAUCUAUGGGAGGGGAUACAGAAGAUCAACCUUUUUUGAAAAAGCAUGAGAAAUUUAUAGAAAAUGAUCUGUCUAUUAGAAAAAUACACUUCUUAGAAAGAUUAAAGUAUUUAGAGCAAUAAAUAAUCGUUUGUGAUAAACCAUAAUUGCAUGCAUAUGUAAUAACUCCAGGAUUAGUGUACGGCAAUGGAGAAGAUAUAUUAUAUGAUUUAUUUAAAACUGCAUGGAUGACCCCUGAUGCAGAGUUACCGAUUUAUGGAGAUGGAAAUAAUAUUAUACCUAUGAUUCAUGUUAAUGAUUUAGCCAACAUUGUGAAUAAGACUGUGACAUUAACACCAAAUGAGAGAUAUAUAUUUGCCGUUGAUUAUGAAAACAUGACUCAAAAAAAGCUAGUUACAACUAUUGCUAAAUCUGUUGGCAAUGGCUUUACAAAGAAUGUGACAACAGCAUCUGAAAAAAUGUUAACCCUAAAUGUUUGGCUUAGGCCAACUUAGGUAUUUGAGUCUGAUGAUCAAUAUAUUGAUGCUAAAAAAAAUCCAAUAAUUCUUUGGUAAUGCAAAGAAGGAUUUGCAAAAAACAUUAUAAAAAUAAGAGAAUAAUUUAAAUUAUACAGAGGUUUAGAUACUGUUAAAUUAAUCGUUCAUGGAGGAACUGCUUCAGGAAAAUCAUAUCUUUGUAAAUAAUUAGCCAGCUUUUAUAGAAUUCCUCACAUAUAAAUCAAGCCCUUAAUUUAAGAAUUACUCGAACAAUAAUCAGAAUUAGGAGAAUUAGUAAGGACUACUUUAACAUAAGUUAAAGAUUAACUAGUUGCAGAGGCAUUAGCAAUAUUUGAAGCAGAGAAGAAGAAGAAAAAAGUUCCAAAAGGUCAACCAGAACCAGUAUUUGAUCCAUCAGGUAUUUAGCCAAGACUUCCUGACUCUGUCUUAAUAUAAAUUUAUCGGUGGAGAUUGGAUUAAAAUGAUGCCUAAAAUUUAGGUUAUGUUUUAGAUGGUUUUCCUAAAACACUAGAAUAAUAUGAAAAAUUAUUCUUAAAUGAGGAAGGCUAACUACUUGAAUCGAUUAAACCAAAAGGUGUAAUAUAUUUAGAAUAUCCUGAUGACUAAUUAAAAGAAAAAGCAAAAUUAGUAAUUGAUAAUCCUAGAUAUUAAGAGGAAUAAGUAGUCAAAAGAUUAGCUAAUUUUAGAAAGAAUAAUGAAUAAUUAUUGUAAUAAUACGAGUAGUAUGACAUUAAACGAAUUUCAGAUCAAGAAAGAGCUUUGGAAUAAUCGAAGGAUUAUAUUACUAGAAACGGACCAAUUUUAGUAUUACAAGAUGUAAAAGAGGAGGAAGUUGUUUAGAUGGAAGAAUAAUAAGAAGAUUGUACACCUUCCCAUUAGGUUUCUUCUCUUCAGCAAGAGAAAGUUUCUGCUGUUUAAUAGUCAUAAGUUUAAUAAUCCUAAGUAGGACCUAAAAAAAAAGGUGAUUAACUAAAUGUAAUAAAAUUAAUUUAAUUUAGAAAUCAAUAAAUGAAAGUAGAUUAUCGAAGGAUAAUAAAAAGUUAACAGAUGAACAAAAACAAGAUCUUAUUAGACAAUAAGAAAGGGAACUUUUAGAUUAGAGAAGUCAACCUUUAAGGCAAUAUUUAGCGGAUAAUGUAGUUCCUUUCUUAACAGAAGGGUUAAUAAAUAUAUGCGAAAAACAUCCUGAAAAUCCAUUAUAGUUUUUAGCUGAUUUUUUGGAAUAAAAAGGAAAUGAAUUAUAAGCAUUAGGACAAUGA